UGCACUAACAGCGAACCAGAGAAGCGAAAACACUAUCUGCCUUCGGCCGCACACGGAUCCCGGCACGGAGACACCCAAACCUCUCACCAGAGUCCACCACUGUCUUUGAACCUCUCACCGGCUGUCAGUCGCCACAGCCGGUGGAAACCUCGACAUUAAAACCUCCGACUUUAGACGAUGAUCGGCCUGCUGAGUUUUUUUUUUUUCUGAGCGGACUGAGUGACGAGGCUGAACUUUCCCGAUCCUGAUCACGGUACAACAACAGCGCAGAGAUCACUGCGGACGGACUGUGCGGUGGUUUCCUCAGGAUUUAAGAGGGCCACACGCACUGGUAUCGCCACGUACGACGACGGUAAAUCAGACAAUAAAAGAAAGCCUGUGGGGGUGAAAGAGAGCCUGUAGUGGAGAGGUGGCACACCCGAGUAGUAAAGUGAAAUACAAUGUCAAACCGGCAAUGAUCAACUUGGUGGAAAGUUGGGAGAGACGGCGCAUUAAAGGGAAUAAUUAGUAAAAGGGAUGUUUUUGAAGCGCAGUACGGCGAGACGAGUUCACGCCAACGUCCCUGAGCGACGUCGAAACUGUUUCUCGCAACACUUCGGCGUUUAAUUCAGACAAACUUGAGAAUAUCAUGUGCGAGGUGGCCAUGGAGGAGCAGGAGCGGGAGAUCGCAGACAUAGACCCGCAGGAGUGCACCUCGGUGGCGGAGAACGGGGUCAUGCUGGUGGUCAAUCACAGCCGGGUCCAUCCUCCCUUCAGCGUUGUGCUGGCCACCGUGCUCUACUGCGCCGAGUUUGUCACCGCCGCCGUGCUCUGCAGCAUGUACCACAAGACCGACGAUGUCAUCUGGAUGGGCUUCACCAUCGCCUUCAUGCUGCUGCCCGCCGUGCUCAUUCAGUUAGCGCUGACGUUCUUUCACAGAGACCUGGGUCGGGACCGGCCUCUGGUCCUCUUCCUGCACCUGCUGCUGCUCGGCCCUGUCAUCAGGUGUUUCGAGGCUCUCGUUGUCUAUUUCAAGGCAGGUAAAAAAGAGGAGCCUUACGUCACAAUCUCCAGGAAGAUCAACCUGAAGAAGGGACAGGGGACGCCCAUGGAGUGGGAGAUCGGCCAGUCGGAGCGCAACCUGGCCACUCACAGGAACGCCUUCAAACGCAUCGCGGUCAUUCAGGCGUUCUUGGGCUCCACGCCUCAGCUGACACUCCAGCUUUAUGCCACCAUCCAGGAGAAAUACAUCCUCCCUACAAGACUGGCUCUGAUGAUCAUCACCCUGAUCUCCAUCACAUACGGGGCCCUCGUGUGCAGCGUUCUGGCCAUCCAGAUCAGAUACGAUGACUACAAAGUGCGGGUGCGUCCUGCAGCCUACCUGUGCAUGAUCGUGUGGAGAGGUCUGGAGAUUGCCACCCGGAUCACGGCUCUGGUUCUCUUCAGCACGGCGCUCACACACUGGGUGAUCCUUGUCGGCAUGGCGAACCUGCUCUUUUUCUUCUUCCUGCCCUGGGUUGAGUUCUGGGCCAGGAAAGGCUCGCUGACUGAGAACGUGGAGAAAAACUUCUCGAAGCUGGGCACCACGGUGGUGCUGUGUAUGUUCACGCUGCUUUACGCCUGCAUCAACAUCUUCUGCUGGUCAGCCGUGCAGCUGGACCUCUCCCAUCGAGAGCUCAUCGAGAGGAAGCAGCGCUGGGGCCGCCUGGCCCUCUACUACUGCGGACGCUUUGUUGAGAACUUCCUCCUCAUCACGCUCUGGUACUUCUUCAAGUCUGACUUCUACGAGUACGUGUGUGCCCCUCUGCUCUGCGUCCAGCUGCUGAUCUGCUAUAGCCUGGCUGUGCUCUUCAUGCUGCUCUUCUAUCAAUUCUGCCACCCGUGCAGACGCCUCUUCAAGUACAACGUCCACGACUGCCUGCACUGCGUCUGCUGUCGUAAAGGGAGGGGUGGGGCAAGCGGGAGGCGAGGGCAGCCGCCACCCUCUUACUCCACGGCUGCCACCAUGGUGCUGGCACCGGAGGAGCCUCUGGAGCUGCUGGACUCCCAAAACUCUCAACCACACGACCUCACCAGUCAGCUGGGAGAGCGGGAGACAGCUAUUGUCGAAGACAUGAUGGAAGCAGCCUGAGAAACGGCUUUCUGAGGAAUUAUGUCAACAAAACUCAAGUUCUCCAGUGUAGAAAUGCAUCCUGGGAAUAGCAAGGCAUGAUGCUGGCGCUGCAGGAUGCGGUCCAGAAUGAGGCC